AUGAAGUCUGUCGCUGCCAUCUCGGCCCUUGCGGCCUUGACCGUCGUCUCGGCCAAGCCUACUGCUACUGAGCGUGAAGCCCCCAUCAAGGCUCGCUCCCUCCCCGUCGUUUCUGCUUCGGGUAAUGCUUUCUACGCCGAUGGCACUCGCUUCUACAUCCGUGGUGUCGACUAUCAGCCCGGCGGAUCGUCUGAGAACGUCGACCCUCUUGCCGAUACCACCAUUUGCGGCCGUGACAUCCCCAAGUUCAAGGACCUCGGCAUCAACACCAUUCGUGUCUACAGCGUCGAUAACUCCAAGGACCACAAGGAGUGCAUGCAGCAGCUCGCCGACGCUGGCAUCUACCUCGUCGCCGACGUCAACAGCCCCAAGUACUCGAUCAACCGCGCUGACCCCCACCCCUCGUACAAUGCCGUCUACCUACAGAGCGUUUUCGCCACCGUCGAGGAGUUCGCUAAGUACGACAACACUCUUGCCUUCUUCUCCGGAAACGAGGUGAUCCACGACGAGGCCAACACUACCCUGUCCGCUCCCUACGUCAAGGCCGUCACCCGUGACAUCAAGAACUACAUGGCCUCUCGCGGCCUCCGCCACGUCCCUGUCGGGUACUCGGCCGCCGAUGUUGCCGACAACCGCAUGCAGAGCGCUGCUUACUUCAACUGCGGCAGUGAUGAUGCCCGCAGCGACUUCUUCGCUUUCAACGACUACUCGUGGUGCAGCUCCAACUUCAAGGAGGCUGGCUGGGAUGUCAAGGUUAAGAACUUCACCGACUACGGUCUCCCCAUUUUCCUGUCUGAGUAUGGCUGCAACACCAACACUCGUACCUUUAAUGAGUUGGAGGCCCUCAUGAACGACGAGAUGACCGGUGUUUACUCCGGAGGUCUCAUGUACGAGUACUCGAUGGAGGCCAACAAGUACGGCAUCGUCGAGAUUUCUGGCAACAACGUGGAGGAGCUUGACGAGUAUGCCAACUUCAAGAGCGCCCUGUCCAAGUAUCCCACCCCUACCGGUGACGCCGGAGCCGCCAAGACCUCUCACGCUGUCGACUGCCCUACUUCCGACUCUGUCUGGAUGGUCGACCCUACCAGCAUCCCCACCAUCCCUAAGCAAGCUGAGAAGUACAUGACUGAGGGUGCUGGUGAUGGCCCUGGUCUGAAUGGCGAUGGCUCCCAGACCGCUGGCGACAGCGCGUCCGAGGGCGAAACCACUGGCGGCACUGCCUCCCCCACCGCUUCCAGCGCCGGUUCUUCUGGCUCUGGUGCUUCCGGCUCCUCGAACGCCGCCCCUGGCAUGACCUUUGGCGGUCCCAUUGAGAAGGCCCCUCUGGCCAUCGCCGGUAUUGCCACCCUGUUCACAAUGUUUGGUGCCUUCUUGUUGUAA